AUGGCUGGAGCACUUGAAAACGCACAAAAAGAAAUACCUAGAAUUAGAGACCAUGAACGCGAGUCUGAUUUCGGUUCCAUCUUCUCUGUUUCUGGUCCAGUCGUUGUCGCUGAAAACAUGCGUGGUUCUGCCAUGUACGAGUUGGUUCGUGUUGGUCACUCUGAACUUGUUGGUGAAGUUAUUCGUAUUGAUGGUGAUAAAGCGACCAUUCAGGUGUACGAAGAAACUGGCGGUUUGACUGUUGGUGACCCAGUUUUGAGAUCCGGUAAACCUUUAUCUGUAGAACUUGGUCCAGGUCUCAUGUCAAACAUUUAUGAUGGUAUUCAAAGACCCCUUAAGGAAAUUCAUGAUACCACCCAAAGUAUCUAUAUUCCUCGUGGUAUCGCCACUCCCGCUUUGGAUAAAGUCUACUCUUGGGAUUUCGAACCUCUUAACUUCCAGGUUGGGGAUCACAUCACUGGUGGUGAUAUUUAUGGUAAAGUGUAUGAAAACUCUCUUGUCACUUGCCACAAUAUCAUGUUACCACCCAAGUGCCUCGGUACUAUUACUUAUAUUGCACCUAAGGGCUCUUACACAUUACAAGAUACUGUUCUUGAAACUGAAUUUGAAGGAGAAACUACAAAACAUACCAUGAGUCACCUCUGGCCUGUUCGUACUCCUCGUCCAGUCGCUGAAAAGUUGACCGCAAACCAUCCUUUAUUGACUGGUCAACGUGUACUUGACUCUCUCUUCCCUUGUGUCCAAGGAGGUACUACCGCUAUCCCUGGUGCUUUUGGUUGUGGUAAAACUGUCAUUUCUCAAUCUCUUUCUAAAUACUCCAAUUCCGAUAUCAUUAUUUACGUCGGUUGUGGUGAACGUGGUAACGAAAUGGCUGAAGUGUUGAUGGACUUCCCUGAAUUAUCAAUUGAUAUUGACGGCCGUAAAGAAUCUAUUAUGAAGCGUACUACAUUAGUUGCAAACACCUCCAACAUGCCUGUCGCUGCUCGUGAAGCUUCUAUUUAUACUGGUAUUACCCUUUCUGAAUACUUCCGUGAUAUGGGUAAGAACGUUGCUAUGAUGGCUGAUUCUACCUCUCGUUGGGCUGAAGCUCUUCGUGAAAUUUCCGGUCGUUUGGCUGAAAUGCCAGCAGAUUCCGGUUAUCCUGCUUACUUGGGUGCCCGUCUCGCCUCUUUUUACGAACGUGCUGGUCGUGCUACUUGUCUCGGUAACCCUAGUCGUGAAGGUUCCGUUACUGUUGUCGGUGCUGUGUCUCCUCCUGGCGGUGAUUUCUCAGAUCCUGUUACUGCCUCUACUCUCGGUAUUGUACAAGUAUUCUGGGGUCUUGAUAAGAAGCUUGCUCAACGUAAGCAUUUCCCUUCAGUCAACUGGAGUUUGUCUUACUCUAAAUACGAAAAGAUCUUGGAACCUUAUUAUGAGAAGCACGAUAGUGAAUAUAUUGCUCUGCGUGAUAGAUGUAAGGAAAUCCUUCAAAUGGAAGAGAACCUUUCAGAAAUUGUGCAGUUGGUUGGUAAAUCUGGUUUGAAUGAAUCAGAUAAGAUUACAUUGGAAAUCGCACAGAUUAUUAAGGAUGACUUCUUGCAACAAAACGGUUAUAGUAACUAUGAUCGUUACUGUCCUUUCUAUAAAACAACUUGGAUGUUACGUAAUAUGAUUGGUUUCUACGAGAAGGCUGUUCAUGCUGUCGAAGCUUCCAAUAACCAACUGUCAUGGGUUAAGAUCCGUGAAUCUAUGGGAGAUAUUUUAUACAAGUUAUCUUCUAUGAAGUUUGAAGACCCUGCUGAGGGUGAAGCCGCUUUGGUUGAAAAGUAUACCGCUCUUCAAAAGGAAAUUGAAGCCAAAUUCAAUGAUAUUGAGGCUUAA